CACCACAGGCUUUUAAACCUCUCUUGGUAUCCGCAGAUACUUGCUGACUGGUUACUGUCCUGUAGGUGUUCCAACUGGGAGUGCUUUAUAUGUGGACCGGGCCACUUAGGAGCUUAUUGCCAUGAAGAUAUGAACUGAUAUGCCUUGGGGCUGCACUUCAGGAUUUCACAAGCUGAGGCUUUUUGGAGCCACGUGAUCUUUCUGUCGACUUUUGGGACUUUUUUUGGCCUCCCUUGACUGCCUGCUGACCUGACUUAUUCACCUGCCCUCCCUGUUUCCCUGACUUAUUCCACCUUUUGCUCAGAUCCGCUCUCCCUACUUCAAUCCCGGGUAUGACUGACAGCUGCAAUUGCUUUGGUGCUCACUACAGCUCAUGAAGCGUUUUGGCAGUUUUAGAGGAAGCAAGAAACGGAAGGACCAGUGCAAAAGCUCUGAGAGACGCCAGUCUGAACCUCAUGGCCUUUUAGCUUCCGGCCUCUCCUCUUCUCCGUCGACCCCAACACAAGUGACCAAGCAGCCUGCAUUUCUCCUUGAAUCCUAUAAACAUGAACCUGAGAGACUAGAAGCCCGGAUUCACUGUUCUCCUCCUCCGGAUACAGGGCAGAGGUUUUCCCUGCCUCCACCCCAAAGUGCAGCCAAGCCUCCCACAGUGACACCAACUCUCUGUGCUACCUCAAAAAUAGCGGCGGCAGCAGCGGCGGCUCCUCCCCAGCCCGCGGCCGCCUCCGAAGGGAUGCUGGAGAAACUCGAGCUCGACGAGGAGGCACUUGAAGAAUCUGAAAGUGACAUUUAUGUGCGAUUCAUGAGGUCACACAAGUGUUACGACAUUGUUCCAACAAGCUCCAAACUUGUUGUUUUCGACACUACGUUACAAGUAAAGAAGGCCUUCUUUGCCUUAGUGGCAAAUGGUGUUCGAGCAGCUCCACUGUGGGAGAGUAAAAAGCAGAGUUUUGUGGGAAUGUUAACAAUUACAGAUUUCAUUAACAUCCUGCAUAGAUACUAUAAGUCUCCAAUGGUUCAGAUCUAUGAAUUGGAGGAACACAAAAUUGAAACAUGGAGGGAACUUUAUUUACAAGAAACAUUUAAGCCUUUAGUGAACAUCUCCCCAGAUGCAAGCCUUUUUGAUGCUGUAUAUUCAUUGAUCAAAAACAAAAUCCACAGAUUGCCAGUUAUUGACCCUGUCAGCGGGAAUGCACUUUAUAUACUUACCCAUAAAAGAAUCCUCAAGUUCCUCCAGCUUUUUGUGUCAGAGAUGCCAAAGCCUGCUUUUAUGAAGAAGAACCUGGAUGAACUGGGGAUAGGAACUUACCACAACAUUGCCUUCAUACAUCCAGACACUCCUAUCAUUAAAGCCUUGAAUAUAUUUGUAGACAGAAGGAUAUCAGCGUUACCUGUUGUGGAUGAGUCAGGAAAAGUUGUAGAUAUUUAUUCCAAAUUUGAUGUAAUAAAUCUUGCUGCUGAAAAAACAUAUAAUAACUUAGAUAUCACAGUGACGCAAGCCCUGCAGCACCGUUCUCAGUAUUUUGAAGGUGUUGUGAAGUGCAGUAUGCUGGAAACACUGGAGACCAUUGUGGAUAGAAUAGUGAAGGCUGAGGUUCACCGUCUGGUGGUAGUGAACGAAGCAGAUAGCAUUGUGGGCAUCAUCUCCCUCUCGGACAUUCUUCAGGCUUUGGUGCUCACACCAGCAGGUGCCAAACAAAAGGAGAGUGAAGCUGAAUGACUGCUGUGAAUGUACAGACCUUUGUAGGAGAACUUGAACAAAGUUUCUGCGUCAAGUUUGUCUCAAGAACACUGACUGCAAUAGAAAAGAGCAGAAUAGUGGAGAAUGUGCAUUGGGACUUAGUGAUGGGUAAUGAGUCUGUUUCCCCACAGUGAUGUCGCAAAAAAGCAGCAUGACGAAAGCUUAUAUGUUAAAAUGUAGGCUUGUAUUUCAAAAUGUCUUCAAAACAUUUGCUGAAAGACUUCACAUGAUGUCCUUCAUUAAAAUGCACUGUAUUUUGAAACUCUUUCAUUUUGUAUUUGACAGAAGUCACUGGUCAGCAAUGGAUAUAUGUGACAUAAGGCAAGUGUAUGGCAUAUUCAUAUCAUAGUGCCUUAUGUCAGAAUACAGCAAUAUGUCAUCACUGUUGCCCAUCACUGUCCAAGGAAGUAUUGUGCUUAAACAAGACACUGUAUGUGAAUGUGAAAGUCUUUGAAAUCUAAAACCAAAUCAGAUUCAGUUCUCAUUAGAUUUGUCAUACAAGCUGUAAUUUGAGUAUCAGUACAUUUCCUUAAAACUUUAAUGACAGUUUUGUGUUAAAUGUCGCAUUCAGAACUGAGAUGUAAAACGAGACUGAUUUUUGAGAACAGCUUUAUUUAUUUUUACUUUCUGGCAAUUUUUUACACAUCUUCGGUGGAUAGCAAAAAACUUCACCAUAUCCAUUAAUAAACUGUUGAUUGUUAUACAAAACAGUGGCAAAUCUUCUCAUUAUUUAAAACUUUGGAGCUGCAGAGGCUGUGGCUUGUAGAUCAGUCCACAUUCCUGUAAGGUUUCCAGAAGCAUGCCUUGACAAGUGUUCUGGAUUGGCAUACAGGUACUGUGGAGGAAAUGAAGUGCCAGAGAACUAUAUAUUUUCCUCUGUAUUAAAAUGUAAAAUCAUGUUUGUAAGACUAUGGAUAACAUUUUUGUAAAUGAUGCUGAUGUACACAGAUGCAAGGAGCAGGGAAAGUUUUUUUGCUAAUGUAAAUGCACUGUAAAGCUUGGAGAUGAGACUAUAAUUGUAGACUCUUGCAAAUGGAAGAAAUUAAACAACCCUACUGUAUCCGUUUGUUCAUAGCAUUUCUUGAAAAUGCCAGACCUCGCAUGCAUGUUUCUGUGUAGAUACUCAGUUUGGUAAUGUAAACCAGGAGAUUGAAUCAUUCUUUUCUCCCUCCCGUUCUGCUGGGAUGAAGCCAGUACAAAAAUUUCAAAAGCACAUUUCUUUCCCUGGAAUAUUAAAUGACACUUUAAACUAUUUAUUAAAACCAAAUAAAUAUUACAUCUCAUACAUAUGCUAUGUAUUGUGCCAGUUAGGUUUCUGAAAGUGGAUUGAUCUGUCAUUGUCUAGUUCCACACACAGAAAAUGGGGGAGGCUGAGUAGUUUUGAUUUAAAUUGGGGUUUAAAAAAAAUAAAAUCUGUCUAAUCCAAAUCAUGGUUUCUGCAAACCUGAAAUGUGAGUCUAAAAUACCAUUGUUGGUUAGUAGCAUCUCAUGGACUCUGUUUUCUGUACAAAAUCCAAACCUGUUCAUGCAGUAUGCUGACAAAUAAAUAAAUGUUUUUUUU